GGAGGAGUCGGAGACUCCGAGAGUUUGAGUGGGCGACAGAGGAACAAACAGCGUGAAUGUUUCAAGACGUGCGUGCAUCAAACGGGGAUUUUAGCAGCAUUUCGCAACUCGAAUCGUACUCUGCAUAAGCCUGUCGGACGGCGCGGGUGGGGGGGGAAAACAUUUGUGUUGCCGCUUUAAAAAAAAGUUUGUAGAAGUUGAAGUCCGAGCUGAGUGCAGACAGACGAGUCGGUGGUCGACAGCUGCCUUUGCAGGGAUGUCGCAGAAAGAGAGACCCAAGUUUUACCCGCAGGAAGUCAACAAGGCGAUAUGGGAAGUCCCGGAGCGCUACCAGAACCUCUCGCCAGUCGGCUCUGGUGCCUAUGGAUCCGUGUGUUCUGCUGAUGAUAUGAAGACUGGCAUGAAAGUGGCUGUGAAGAAGCUCUCCAGGCCGUUCCAGUCCCUCAUCCAUGCUAAGCGCACUUACAGAGAGCUGCGGUUGCUGAAGCACAUGACACAUGAAAAUGUGAUCGGCCUCUUUGAUGUUUUCAGCCCCGCUACCAGUUUGAAGGAGUUCACAGAUGUGUACCUGGUGACUCACUUAAUGGGUGCUGAUCUCAACAACAUAGUGAAAUGUCAAAAACUCACAGAUGACCACGUUCAGUUCCUCAUAUACCAGAUCCUUCGAGGGUUAAAGUACAUCCACUCAGCUGACAUCAUUCACAGAGAUCUGAAACCAAGCAACCUUGCAGUAAAUGAGGACUGCGAGCUGAAGAUUUUGGACUUUGGCUUGGCACGGCACACAAACGACGAGAUGACUGGCUACGUGGCCACCCGUUGGUACCGCGCUCCAGAGAUCAUGUUGAACUGGAUGCAUUACAACAUGACAGUGGAUAUUUGGUCGGUGGGGUGUAUAAUGGCAGAACUUCUCACUGGAAGAACUUUGUUCCCUGGAACUGACCACAUUGAUCAGUUGAAGCUAAUCAUGCUGCUCGUCGGAACACCAGGGCCUGAGCUCUUGAUGAAAAUUUCUUCAGAUUGUGCGAGGAACUACAUCAGCUCCUUGCCACACAUGCCCAAGAGGAAUUUUGCUGAUGUGUUUAUUGGCGCCAACCCGCAAGCUGUUGACCUUCUUGAGAAAAUGCUGGUUCUGGAUACCGACAAGCGUAUAACAGCUGCUGAGGCUUUGGCCCACCCUUACUUCACUCAGUACCACGAUCCGGAUGACGAGCCAGAGGCGGAGCCGUACGACCAGAGCUUUGAGAGCCGUGACCUACCCAUUGAAGAGUGGAAACGAUUAACCUAUGAGGAAAUGUGCAGUUUUGAGCCACGGAUCUUUGAUGAGGAUGACAUGGAAUAACGCAGUGCCUCCUUACCAGCACACCGACAGCAUCUGACAAUUUGAACAUUUGCAUUAGUGUUAUACUCUCAGACACACAGUGCCAGCCAGCAUGUUAUUACUCUUUAACUAUCGGAAGGAAACAUCGAACCACUAUUUAUGAUGUCGCUUCUUGACAUCAUAUAAAGUCAUUUAAUUUUCAUCUCGUCCCUGUUGGUUGAUUUUGAUUUUGACAUAUCACUGUGACACCUAGAUGCUGAAAAACCUGGACCUAUACAGCUGUGCUAUUUUGUUUUAAGAUUUUUGUGAAUACAGUAAGUAAGCAUUUGUGUCUAUAGCAGUAAAAAGUGCAAAAGCUAAUCUGCCAGGGUUCCUACAAUAACUGAAUACAUGGUAAGCGUGUUACAUUAUACCAUAAAUAUUUUACCAAAUUUUAAAUACAACCGUUGUUUCCAAAUUUGUAAGCCAUGUUUUCCUAAUUUUACAAUUCAACACAUUUUCCCAGUAAAGGGCUUCACGUAAUAUUUGUAUUCUUUCGAUAAUAUAUAUAUAUUCUGCUUUUGUAGGUAGGGUGCACAACAAGGCACCCAUUAUAGAAAGGUAUUCCAGACUGCAUACUCUGCUGAAGAAUGUGCACAUGUGCCAUAUUUAAAGUUAUUUUUGUUUUUACGAUUUUCUGUCAAAAAUUGUAUUUGUCUGCAAUGUUGUGUGUUAGCGGUUUACUGGUAUUUUUAAGUGUCACGCUCCAAUAGAAAUACUGCUUAAAUGUGUUUAAAGAGCUAUUUCAGAUCUAUUUAUACGUUGCGGAGGGUGUAUUUAUGAAUUGCAAAUGAGAAAUCCCAUAAACUAUUUUCAGUCCAAAAAGUGAAACUACUCCUGAGUAAAUUGUUAAGCAAAAUAAAAACUGUUUUCGAAGAC